AUGAUAACCAUCAAUACAUUAAAUAUCUUUCAUGACUCUAUUUUUGGAGAAUGGAAAAGAAUCAUAAAAUUUAAAUUAGAUCCAAAAUUUACUGUUCAAAGAAUUGAAAAUAAAUGUAGAAAAAAGUUGAUUUCUAAGAGAAUGGCUGAGUAUGUUUUUACAGGACCAAAACUUUAUUCUGAAAUAAGUGAGCCACUUAUUAUAAAACAGGGACUUCUACUUGAUUUAACAAUCAUGGGAAAAGUGGUUGAUUUUUAUAUGAAAUCUAACAGUUUCAGAGAAAAAUUAACUGAAAUAAAAAAUGAAAUGUUAAAAGUUGUACAAUGUUUUACUCAAGAUGAAAUGGAUUAUCUUUUUGCUACUGCAUCAACAUUAGCUGGAGAUUCAGAAUUUGGAUUAGCUAAAAUAGAAAUUACACUUAAUAGAAUAGUUUCAACAGUAUGUACAGGUAAUCAACGUUCUUUUGGUCUUUCAUAUCCAAAAUGA